AUGCCAUCACCUGCAAGCAGCAACAUUGCUGCUGCCACUUCAUUGGAACUGGAGAUCUUGCCAUCGCCAAAGAAAAAGUCCAAGUCAGAGAUAGCCAUGGAAGAGUUGCUUGGUAAAGGAAAAUCGAGCUCUGGGGAAUCCACCUGCAAAGUAGAAUCUCACACGGAAAAGAACCAAAGGAUUAAUAAGGAGAUUCAGCAGCUCAGCAACGAGGCACCAAUUGGUUUGACGGAAGAUAUGUUAAUGUGGUGGAAAGAAAACGAGAAACAAUACCCUCUUGUACGAAACCUUGCCGCCAGAGUGUUAGCAGCUCCGCCAACGUCUGUGCCAAGCGAGCAGAUUUUCAGCAAGGCUGGGCUUAUCGUCUCAAAGAAACGUGCCGCGCUUAAGCCAGCCAUUGUAGACACACUUUUAUUUUUAAGCAAAAAUAACAUGUAG